UGUCCGACAUCCUCUGAUGCGGCUCAUCGGAUCCAAUAACGUUCCCGGACCGGCCGACGCUCCAGACGCCUUCCGGGUCGACGGAAAGUUCGCCAGUGCUGCACAGAGCCCGGACCAUUGGCCCGGACUGUCUGCAAAGGAGGGCUGCUGUCUGUCCCGUUGAGCUCCUCCUGCAGUGUGAGUGUCAGGUGUGUGUGUGUGCGCACCAUGGCGAGCCUCCUACGUGCCGUGGCGGCCAGCUGCUCGGCACCCGUAUUCAGCGGAGUUUCCUGUGUGAAGCUGCAGAGUGGAAGCGCCGUCAAGUCGUCAUGCCAGAGGUUUUUCAGGACUCAUCAAGCUCUCGGGCGAUGUGCAAGUCCAGGUAUUCCAUACAAACAACUCACAGUCGGCGUUCCCAAAGAAAUUUUCCAGAAUGAGCGUCGCGUGGCGCUGUCUCCCGCCGGCGUCCAGGCGCUCAUCAAACAGGGCUUCAAUGUCGUCGUGGAGUCUGGAGCUGGAGAGCCCUCCAAGUUUCCUGAUGAGCAGUACACCCAGGCUGGAGCAACGAUUAAAGACCUGAAAGAUGUCCUGGCGUCUGAUGUGGUGGUUAAGGUCCGUGCUCCCAUUUUCAACCCGGCUGUGGGUGUCCAUGAGGCGGAGAUGAUGAAGGACGCAGCUACUUUAAUCAGCUUCAUCUAUCCAGCUCAGAACCCGGAGCUGAUGGACAUGUUGUCCCAGAAGAAAGCCACCGUUCUGGCUAUGGACCAGGUGCCCAGAGUCACCAUCGCUCAGGGUUACGAUGCACUGAGCUCCAUGGCAAACAUUGCAGGGUACAAGUCAGUUGUUCUGGCAGCUAACAGCUUUGGACGGUUUUUCACUGGACAAAUCACAGCAGCUGGUAAAGUGCCUCCUGCUAAGGUGCUGAUCAUUGGAGGAGGUGUGGCUGGGUUGGCAGCAGCUGGCACUGCUAGGGCCAUGGGAGCCAUUGUCAGGGGAUUUGAUACCAGAGCUGCAGCUUUGGAGCAAUUUAAAUCUCUGGGCGCAGAACCGCUGGAAGUGGACAUAAAGGAGUCAGGAGAAGGACAGGGAGGCUACGCCAAGGAAAUGUCAAAGGAGUUCAUCGAGGCAGAGAUGAAGCUGUUUGCCAAGCAGUGUCAGGACGUCGACAUUGUCAUCAGCACUGCUCUUAUCCCCGGUAGGCGAGCACCCAUCCUCAUCACCAAACCAAUGGUAGAGAGCAUGAAAGAUGGCUCAGUGGUGGUGGAUUUGGCUGCGGAGGCCGGAGGAAACAUUGAGACCACAGUUCCUGGAGAGCUGUCAGUACAUAAGGGAGUGACCCAUAUUGGCUACACAGACCUGCCCAGCCGUUUACCAACACAGUCCAGCACUCUGUACUCAAACAACAUCACGAAGCUGGUGCGGGCAAUCAGCCCUGACAAGGACAACUUCUACCUUGAUGUCAAGGACGUGUUUGACUACGGGACCAUGGAUCAUGUCGUCAGAGGAUCUAUUGUUAUGCAGAAUGGAAAGAACCUGUUCCCGGCUCCUCAGCCCAACAACGUUCCCGUUGCAGCUCCUCCUAAACCCAAGUCUCUCCAGGAACUGGAGGCAGAGAAGUCUGCUCAAAUCUCCCCCUUCAGGGCUACACUCACUACUGCUGGCGCCUACACUGGAGGCGUUGCCACCCUGCUGGGUCUGGGCCUGUCGGCUCCUAACGCUGCCUUCACUCAGAUGGUCACCACCUUUGGUCUGGCAGGCAUCGUGGGAUACCACACCGUGUGGGGAGUCACUCCUGCUCUGCACUCUCCACUCAUGUCUGUCACCAACGCCAUCUCAGGUCUGACAGCUGUGGGUGGUCUGUCCCUGAUGGGAGGCGGCUACCUCCCGGGUACCACUGCCGAGACGCUGGCUGUUCUCGCCGCCUUCAUCUCUUCGGUCAACAUUGCCGGUGGCUUCCUGGUGACCCAGAAGAUGUUGGACAUGUUCAAACGUCCCACUGAUCCUCCAGAGCAUAACUACCUCUAUCUGCUUCCUGGUGGCGUCUUCGUCGGAGGCUACGCCGCUGCUCUGCAGUCUGGAUACAACAUUGAACAGAUGAUGUACUUGGGCUCAGGUCUGUGCUGUGUCGGUGCCCUGGCCGGCCUCUCCAACCAGUCCACAGCCCGUCUGGGUAACGCUCUGGGUAUGAUGGGAGUCGCAGGGGGGAUCGUUGCCACUCUGGGCGCCCUCAAACCAAAUCCAGAGCUCCUGGCGCAGAUGAGUGCCGCCAUGGCUGUGGGUGGCACUGCUGGUCUGGCCAUUGCUAAGAAGAUCCAGAUCACUGACUUGCCUCAGCUGGUGGCUGCUUUCCACAGCUUGGUCGGGUUGGCCGCCGUGCUCACCUGUGUGGCUGAAUAUAUGAUCGAGUACCCCCACUUCGCCACAGACCCUGCAGCCAACCUCACCAAGAUAGUCGCAUACCUUGGCACCUACAUCGGUGGAAUCACUUUCAGUGGCUCUUUGGUUGCGUACGGCAAACUGCAAGGUGUGCUGAACAGCGCUCCUCUGAUGCUCCCUGGUCGUCACGCCCUGAAUGCCAGUCUUAUGGCAGGUAGUGUUGGUGGAAUGAUUCCCUACAUGCUGGAUCCAAGUUACACCACAGGCCUCACCUGUCUCGGAUCAGUGUCUGCUCUCUCUGCUGUCAUGGGUGUCACUCUGACAGCAGCUAUUGGAGGCGCUGACAUGCCCGUGGUCAUCACCGUACUGAACAGUUACUCAGGCUGGGCUCUGUGCGCUGAGGGCUUCCUGCUCAACAACAACCUGCUGACCAUCGUCGGAGCUCUCAUCGGGUCCUCUGGAGCCAUUCUGUCCUACAUUAUGUGUGUGGCCAUGAAUCGCUCCUUGGCUAACGUGAUCCUGGGAGGCUACGGCACAUCUUCCACAGGUACCGGAAAACCCAUGGAGAUCGUCGGGACGCACACGGAGGUCAACGUGGAUCAGACGGUCGAGAUGAUUAAAGAGGCCCAGAACGUGAUCAUCGUUCCAGGUUAUGGACUCUGUGCUGCAAAGGCUCAGUACCCCAUCGCUGAGCUGGUCAAGAUGCUGAAAGAAGCUGGCAAGAAAGUCAGGUUUGGUAUCCACCCGGUGGCCGGCCGCAUGCCUGGUCAGCUCAAUGUGCUGCUGGCUGAAGCUGGUGUCCCGUACGAUAUCGUGCUGGAAAUGGAUGAGAUCAACGACGACUUCCCUGAGACUGACCUGGUCCUGGUGAUCGGCGCCAACGACACGGUGAACUCGGCCGCCCAGGAAGAUCCCAACUCCAUCAUCGCCGGCAUGCCAGUGCUGGAGGUCUGGAAGUCGAAGCAGGUGAUCGUAAUGAAGCGUUCGCUGGGCGUGGGAUACGCAGCCGUCGACAACCCCAUCUUCUACAAGCCCAACACUGCGAUGUUGCUAGGCGACGCUAAGAAGACCUGCGACGCCCUGCAGGCGAAGGUCCGCGAGACCACGAGCCAAUAAGAGAGAGACACCUCCACCCAGAGCACACCUGGAGAGGAGACGACCAGGAGAAGCUUCUCCAAACGGCACAGAGAUCGUCUUUGUCCAGCUGCUGCUCAAACAACUGAGCAAAGAUGAUAAGUUGGAUAAAAGGUUUUUGGCAAACCCUUUCUGUUAAUCUAUAAAUAAAAGAAAGUUAGUUGCAAAAAACAGAAAAGAAGAAACAGGCUUGUGCAGUGAGAGCCAAAUAAUGCACAUACUGUAGAUUUAUUAGUUCCUCUGAGUUAAUACACUUCAAUGACUCUUUGGCGUUUCUUUUAUUGGUAGAUAUUAAAGGAAGGGUGCGUCGACCGAGUGUCCUCCUCAUUUUAGACCCGUACGUUAAAGUAAAACAGCAAUCAGAAGUGUAGAUGCUUAAAGUGUUAGGUAUGUUCAAUUUCACUGUUAAGAUGUUUUAGGAAAUAGUCCAUAGCUCAAAUAAAAUAUAGAUGAAUUGGAAUCUCACCAGAGGAAGAGAGACGAGACCCGAGCACUCACAUCUUUUCCACACUGUAAAGACUCUCCUCCCUUUUUCCUCCAGAGUUUAAUUUUCUUCAGUAAUACGGUGUUCCCUUGGAUAGAUGCUCAUUAUUUUCUGUGUAAGUUAAAGGGGAAAAAAAGCAAAAUAGUGCAACAUUUUUGUAAAGUUCUUUCAGUUCCAGUUUUCUACUGUAUUGAGAGAUUUUUGUAUUUGGGCUCAUAGUUAUCCUAAACUUAGAAAACGUCUGUACGUCGUCGUGCUAUUUGCUUUUUUUUUUCUUUUCACUUGUCUUGUGACCUCCGCCAAUGCCUCUACAGCACACUUGGAUCCAGAAAACAGUUAAAAAUCCAUUCAGGCGUCUUUUUUCGAGCCCAUAAUGCGAUAAAGCGACCGGUUGUGACCUUUCCGUGUGAGACCGCAGUAAAGACUGUCCCGCUCUUACAAACAAACACUCUUGUAACUUUGGCGGCUGAAUGGAUUUUAUGAUGUUUUUGAACCAGGUGUGUUCUUUCACCCUGUGUGGUUCCGAUAUUACAGUACAUGAGAUGCUAGCUUUUGGCCUUAAUGGUGAAGAAGGGUUUUUUUUUUCUUUUAAGUGAAUGUGGCUCAUCCACUCCAAUGUGUGUCCUCAUUACUGCUCCACGGGGAAAUGAAGGAUCACUGUUUGUAAAGUAGAGCCAGAUGGCAGAACGACUGUUGUGUAAAGAGUCUAAACAACAAUGCAGUUAUUUAAAUUGAAAUUGUUGCUACGUUUCAGUAUAUAUGGAUUGCUAGUUAUUCCUCAGUCAGCAUUUCUGAGCUGAAAUUGCCAUUUUAUUUCCUCUUAAUUUUGUUAAAACCUAACAUUUGCCAUAAACUUGUGCCAACCACUCCUUUCUCAAACUCAGUCUGGUUAGAAACGAUGGCACAAAUCUGGAUAAUCUGACACUGUAGCUGAAGAAAGAUCACUAACUAAUAACAAUAGCUUCCACUGAUUUUACCAAACUAAAAGUACAAGAAGUUGGUUUUUAGGUGAGGUUGCAUUUCCUCCUUUGUAUAUUUCUUUGACAGUAGCUGAACUAGGAUGUAUAUUGGUACAUAGUUUGAGGAUCAAUAGUUGGUGAGGUGACGGGUCGGCAGUCGUCUUCACUUUGUAAUUCAUAAAAGUACUGUGAGAAGUUAUAGUUUCAUCCUGGGACCUGACACUUUGUUGACCAUGACAACUAUCCUACCUCUCCAUAAAACGACCAACACCUUUCCACCGGACCUUCGUCUGACCAGUCACCUCUCACCGUACCUCCCGCAGGACCACACCGCUCAUUUCCCAUCAACCAGUCGCCUCUCACGUUAUCCAAAAACCCAGGACCAAUAGCCUUCUGUUUUGUGUUCAUUUUUAACCACCAGACCUCAGUUAACUCUUAUUUUUGCGAGUGUAGAGCUGCAGAUGUCACUAGUGCUUGAGAAAGCGGGUUAUUGUUGUCGAUUUACACACACAAAAAGUCUUUAUGACUACAAGAUGACGUGUUUGCCUCAUAUUUGUGACUUGUCGCCAUUUCUGAGGGAUUGACAAAUUAAGGGAGAAGGAAAUUUUGACUCAUUUUGACUAAAUGCCCCCUUUGUGCCCUUUUUUCUUCUUCUUAAGGAGAGUAUUUUUGUAAAGCGCCGUUGUAUUUGUGCAGAGCAACAAUGGGAUUUUGAAGAAUCAGUGCGCCACGUUAGGGAGGUGAAAUGAUGAAAUGUACUGUGAAUUUGUUUCCCCCCCUCCUCUUCUGUUUAUCAUGGAACAUUUUCAUCCCUAAUAAACCUGUAUUUACACUAA